UGCACUCACCGCCACGUACACCGUGACUUUUGUACACGUCUCUUUCGUUUCGUUUCUUCAUUUUCUACCAUGUCCUCCAGGAUCAACAUUGCUCGCCCACAGUCGAGCUCAUACAACGUCGACCCCCAUGGUCUCUCGAAUUCCCGCCCAUCGUCAGGCUACCGGGCAGCCAACCCAGAAGAUCCUCUGGAGAAGCUACGAACAAUUAGCAAGACCAUCGAGGACAAUAUCGAAAUCUACACUCAACCAUUGAAACCCCAUUUGCCGGCAAUUGGGCGUUUUCUUAUUGUGGUGACCUUUUUGGAGGAUGCGCUGAGAAUCAUGACCCAGUGGGGAGACCAGAUUUGGUACUUGCAGCAGCACAGAAAGUUUCCUUGGGGCAUUUCACAUUUCUUCCUUAUUCUCAACGUUGUCACAAUGUUGUCCGCGUCUUCUGCGGUUAUUCUCAAGCGAUACACGGAAUAUGCGGUUGCAGGUCUCUUGGGCGUGGUCAUUAUCCAAGGUUUCGGUUACGGUCUCAUAUUCGACAUGACCUUUUUCCUGCGCAACCUUAGUGUCAUCGGUGGCCUCUUUAUGGUUUUCAGCGACUCGAUGGUUACACGAAAGAAACUCUUCGCCGGCAUCCCUACUAUAAGCGAAACUGACCGCAAGAAAUACUUCCUUCUCGCCGGUCGUGUUCUUCUCAUUUUCCUAUUCCUCGGUUUCAUCAUUCAAGGAAAAUGGAGCAUUGCGCGUGUCUUUGUGUCGAUAGUCGGUCUCGCUGCGUGUAUCAUGGUGGCCGUUGGCUUCAAAGCCAAAUGGUCUGCUGCGUUCCUCGUUAUCGUUCUCAGCUCGUUUAACGUCUUUGCGAACAACUGGUGGAGCGUUCCUUCUGCCCACCCGCAAAGAGAUUUCCUCAAGUAUGAUUUCUUCCAGACACUUUCUAUCGUUGGUGGCCUUAUACUCUUGGUGAACAUGGGACCUGGUGGGCUUUCUGUGGACGAGAAAAAGAAGACCUACUAG